AACUGUAUUAUGACAUUAACGGACGAACAAUCGCGUUGGGUAGCAAGUUGGAGCUCGGGGAUGUGUGGGUUCCGGAACGCUGCUGAGGGUUCGUACGAAGCGGGUUAUCAAUGUGCUAUACACAUAUUUGAGAAAGUACGCGAGGAGAUCAAGAGGCGGUCGGAGGAGGUUAAGCUUGAGAUAUACCUCAAUGGAUUCGGGCAAGGGAGAAGCGCGUUGUUGAAGGCGUUGACUAUGUCGGAAGGGGAUGGUGUGAGAGAGGUUGUGUCUAAAUUGACGGAUACGACACCCAUACGAAUUGGAGGGACGCGGUUGCAGAAAGCAAGGAGGCUAUAG